GCUCUAAGCGGCUGACGAGCGCUGCGGCAGCCACAUGACCGAGCGGGUCCAGGGAGGCAACAUGGCUGCGUCCGUGGGGUCCUCUUUUUGGUUGGGGAAAGAAACCUUGAGAGUCCCAGCGGCACUUUUUGCCCUGAAUAGAACCCGCCUGUGUGAUCGGUUGAGAGCAAGCAACAACGUGCCCGAGAAGUCCAUUGUCCUCCUGCAGGGUGGAGAGCAGACCAACAGAUACUGCACUGAUACGGGUGUUAUCUUUCGCCAGGAAUCGUACUUCCAUUGGACUUUUGGAGUAAUUGAGCCCGACUGCUACGGAGCAGUUGAGGUUGACAGUGGAAAUGCCGUUCUCUUCAUCCCGAGACUCCCUGAAAGCUACGCAGUUUGGAUGGGGAAGAUUCAUCCUCCUGAGCACUUUAAGCAGAAGUACGCUGUCAAUGAAGUACGUUUUACAGAUGAGCUGUCCCAAGUCUUGGCUUCAAAGAAUCCUUCAAUGCUUCUGACUCUGCGAGGAGUUAAUACUGACAGUGGAAGCGUGACCAGGGAGGCUUCGUUUGAAGGAAUCAGCCAGUUUGAGGUAAACAACACAAUUCUUCACCCAGAGAUUGCUGAAUGCCGUGUGAUUAAGACGGACAUGGAGUUGGAAGUCCUCCGCUACACCAAUAAAAUUUCUAGUGAAGCUCAUAAAGAGGUGAUGAAGGCUGUAAAAGCAGGCAUGAAGGAAUAUGAGCUGGAAAGCCUGUUCGAGCACUAUUGCUACACUCGCGGAGGCAUGAGACACACCUCGUACACGUGCAUCUGUGGCAGUGGACAUAACAGCUCAAUUUUGCACUAUGGCCAUGCUGGGGCUCCAAAUGAGAAAACUGUUGAAGACGGAGACUUGUGCUUAUUUGACAUGGGCGGCGAAUACUAUUGCUACGGCUCAGACAUCACCUGCACGUUUCCAGCAAACGGAAAGUUCACUCCCGACCAGAGGGCCGUCUACGAGGCCGUGCUGAAGGCGUCCCGGGCUGUGCUGAACGCGGUCAAGCCAGGGGUUGCCUGGCCUGAUAUGCAUCGGUUGGCAGACCGAGUCCAUCUGGAAGAGCUCACGAAAAUUGGCAUCCUCCGAGGCAAUGUUGACGACAUGGUGAAGGUCCAUAUGGGCGCGUUAUUCAUGCCGCAUGGGCUUGGACACUUCCUUGGAAUCGACGUGCAUGAUGUGGGUGGCUACCCAGAGGGCGUGGAACGCAUUGACCUCCCGGGGCUCCGGAGCCUGCGCACGGCCCGCGCCCUCGUCCAGGGCAUGGUGCUGACAGUGGAACCUGGCAUCUACUUCAUUGACCACGUGCUGGACGAGGCCCUGGCCAACCCGGCCCAGGCGUGUUUCAUCGACAACGAAGUCCUCGCGCGCUUCCGAGGCUUCGGCGGGGUACGAAUUGAGGACGACAUUGCCGUGACAGCCAAUGGGAUGGAGCUGCUGACCUGUGUCCCCCGUACCGUGGAGGAGAUUGAAACGUUCAUGGCAGAAGAUCAGCACGGCGCCAAAUCCUUUGCUUCCAACUCGAAUCAAAAGCCUUAACUAGUACGAUAUUGUAGCCCCUCAUGGGCACGGUGGCAUUUAACUGGCAUAUCCAGUUCUUCAAGUGCUCCGUUCGGGUGAAGCAGAUGCUUUAUUAAUACUUACUACAACGUGCCAUAUUUUAAAAAAUUGCAACACAGAUGAUUGAACCGGAUCUUUGCCUAAGCUAACUUCACUUCUUGCCUCUUUAUCAAAAGCCCUACCCUGUCAAUGCCAAGAAUCUUUUUGAAUGAUGGAUGUAGCCUCUGUGUAAGAGACACUAAUCUUAAACAAACAUAAAAAUUUAUAUUUUACCACCUUUUUUUCUGAACUAACACAGCAGAAUUCAGGUAGAUCUUUAUGCUGGAAACUGGAUUGAAUAAACAAAUGAAUAGAAAUGUUGCCUUAAA